AAGCUGGCUGCCUUUAAUAUCGUUCAUUCAGUAUUGUAAUCCACCGCUCACCGCCCAAAGGUCAACUUUGAGAUGUACGCUGUAUACUUAUCGUGCAUCAUGACGCAUUGCACAUAAUCUUUCUUGCGAGUUGUCUCAGAGACUUUUAUCUAGUAUCCGCUCUAAGGAGAUCGAAAUGACUUCUGACCCAUCGCAAAUGGACAUCAAACGUGCGGAGUCGCCGUCGAGGCAGCCAGCGACUUUAGGCAUGUUUGGCUCCUCUGGGCCGGCGAUAGCACCAUUGCGUGCCAACAUACAGCCUCCGCCGAUAUCCGAGGUGACUACUUAUGUGCGCACCGACGGAGCCGUCUUCAUGCCUGCCCAGGUCACAGAUACAGGACACGGUGCGGAGGGCGAUUCCUCUAACAUUCGUCUGCGCGUUCCACGGUAUUCUCCAAGCAAGAAAGCCAGUGAAGGCCCCUUGGCCCGGACAAUCAUCAAAACCCUCAGCAGCGAGGCAGGACGAGAGAAUGCACUACAACUGUUGCAAUCUUUCCUCCUCUUUCUACACGCCUCACUAAGUCGUAGGAUCCUCGUACCACCCAUCUUGAGUCUUCUCGGGCCUUCACCUCGAGGAAAACGAGCCAAGCUCCUGCGGCCAAUCUAUCUCCUUUCUGAAGUGAUCGCCAACACGCGACGCCUCUUCGUCCUGGGGCGGUGGGGGUUUGAGGGUGUUUGCAACGCUUUCGCCGUGACUGCCGAACUGGACAAAACACGUUCGGACCAGAAUAUCAAGGAGAAGAGUCAAACGUUGCAAUCGCUGAAGGAGGACAUAGCAGAGCCCUCGUCAGCUUCAUCAGAAGAGCCGAUAGAUCACGAUGCGCCUGCUCGAAGUGGUCAUGCGCCAGGCCGCCCAAGAGCUGCAAGACAAAAGAGCAUGUUUGGGGUCUAUCGUCAGGCCUUCGAUAUUAUGACGCGCAUACUGGGGACAGCGAGUGAAUUCUGCGAUCUGAUUGCCUUUCUCGGUGGUACAAGCUCGGCCUGGCGCACCAGGAGUCGGCGGCGGUAUGGUCUCGAGCGACUGAGCAUCUGGCUCGGGCUUUUGGCACUGCCACCGGCAUUCGCCUUGCACCGCCUGCUCCUGGCGCGUGCGCGGCAGGAUGUCAGAGAUGCGCAUGCUCAGGUUCUGCAAGCGAUUGAUCAAGCAGACGAUCCCGCGGCUAACGAUGCUCGGGUAGCCGGAGCCCAGUUCUUCACGGGUGCUGGCAUCUCUUUUCCAAAGAUGCCAGCUGCGAACGCCAGCUCAUCGCGGUUAGACCUUGCGCGAGCGGAGGCAAAGCUGCUUAAAGCGCAACGUCAAGUUCGUACGCUCAAGUGGGAGCAGCGCGCGAUCUUUACGGAUGCUACUUUUACCGUCUACGAGGCUCUUCGGCCUGACAAGGAGAAGCAAUUCGUCGAGAGCUUGAGCGGCAUGCUCGGCAGCAUGAUCAGGAUCGGGCUUCUGUGUGCAGCAUGAGGAUCCAUGGCGCAAGGCAUGUGCAUUCUGCCACAUGGAAGAUCGUGCUUGACUCAUUUGCUAAGGACAAGCUAAGGUCGUUACAGGGGAGCAAUAAUGCGCAACCAUCCGAUUUAUGAGUGAUAUGC